CACCCUUCCCCGGCUGAGAGACUCCUGAGGAAAUCAUGCCCCCAAAACGCAAGGCCCCUGCCCAAACCAAGGCAGCAGUCAAGGGCAAGAAGGUAAAAAAGGAGCCUGAACCAGAAGAAGACAGCUUCCGCUCCACUGUGGAAGCACUGAAGGCAGCUCCCAAGGAGAAGCUCAAAGCUAAAAUCGAUGCUGCCUGCCAGCUGUGUAAUACCAGCGAUGCCAAGAUCUAUGAGGACUAUGACUGCAUGCUGAACCAAACCAACAUUGGGCACAACAACAACAAAUUUUACAUUAUCCAACUCAUAGAGCACAAUGGAAGUUACAGCUGUUGGAACCGCUGGGGCCGGGUGGGGGAGCCAGGCCAGUCAAAACUCAGCAGCUUUCCUUCCUUGGAAGCUGCCAAGAAGGACUUUGAGAAGAAAUUUCGAGAUAAGACGAAGAACAGUUGGGCGGGCCGGGAGGCCUUUGUAGCCCAUGCUGGCAAGUACACCUUGAUCGAAGUGCAACAAGGGGAUGAAGAGGAACAAGAGGUGACAGUGAAGGUGGAUGCUGUAGAUGGAGUGAAGGUAUCCAAACAAAAGAUACGACCCUGCACACUGAACAAGCCUACCCAGGAACUGGUCUCACUCAUCUUUAGCAAUGACAUGUUUAAAGAAGCCAUGCAGACCAUGAAUCUAGAUGUGAAGAAGAUGCCCCUGGGGAAGCUGAGCAAGCAGCAGAUUGCCAAAGGCUUCGAAGCUCUGGAGGCCAUCGAGACAGCUAUGCAGAAACAGACUCCCUCCCAGAAGGAACUGGAGGAGCUCUCCUCUCGUUUCUACACCAUCAUCCCUCACAACUUUGGCCGUGCUCGACCUCCAUCCAUCACCACCCAGGAAGUCAUCCAAGCCAAGAAGGACAUGCUGUUGGUGCUGGCAGAUAUUGAACUGGCCCAGAGCUUGCAGGCCCAGAAGAAGGAGGAGGAUGAAAAGGAAGAGGAGAUGAAGGUGGAGGAAGUGCCCCACCCACUGGACAAGGACUAUGGGCUGUUGAAGUGUGAGCUCGCCCUGGUGGCCCCGUCAUCAGAGGAUUAUAAGCUGAUUGUUACCUACAUAGAGAAUACUGGUUGUACAUACCGGAAACUCAAGGUCCUGAAUAUCUGGAAAGUUAACCGAGAGGGUGAGGCCAAUCGUUUUGUCACUCACAGCCAUUUGGAGAACAGGCGCUUGCUGUGGCACGGCACCAGUGUGGCUGUCAUUGCUGCCAUCCUGAAGAGUGGCUUGCGUAUCAUGCCACACUCUGGCGGACGUGUGGGCAAGGGCCUCUACUUUGCUUCUGAAAAUAGCAAAUCAGCAGGUUAUGUGGGCACCACCUCCAAGCAGGUGGGGAUCAUGUUCCUGAACGAGGUGGCCCUGGGUAAGGAGUAUCGCAUCACCUGUGAUGAUCAUUCACUACGCAAGCCCCCAGAUGGCUAUGACAGUGUCUUGGCCUGCGGUGCAACUGAGCCAGAUCCUGCCUGUGAUAAAGAGAUAAUCCUGGAUGGGAAAAGAGUGCAGGUAGCACAAGGAAAGCCCAUUGCUCUGGCUGCAUACAAGUGCUCCAGCUUCAGCCAAAGCGAAUACCUGAUCUACCAGGAGAGUCAGUGCCGCAUCCGCUACCUUAUCCAGCUCCAGUUCUGAGAUGCAUUCUAAAGCUGCUGAUCUGCUGGGAGCCAC